GAUAGAUUCUGAAAGGAAAUUCAUACCUGCCCGGGCUGGCUGCGACUGUCUAAUUGGAGGAUUCUCCCUGCAGUAGGGUCACCUGAAAAAGUGAGCUAACCUGAGUUUGGUCACUUGUCAUUGACCAUUGGCAUCAAAUGAUACCAAUGCGGCUGCAGAGCAGCAUUGAGAGAACAGGUGAUCGAAUGCCCACAACUAUCACUUGUUCCUAUUCCAGAAUAAUAAUCUGUAUAAGAACAUACUAUAGCACAUGAAUCUGUAUUUGUGUACCAUUACUAAAUGCAUAUAUUGUGCACUCCAAGUGAUCUGGGGCUAUGAAUAAAAAAUGGUCCGGUACUCAGAAUAUAAAGAGGACGGGACAUUGCUCUGUCAGCUACAGGUAGAGGUAGUAGAUCCAACAAUGGAGCACACACCACUUGCAACCACACAAAACCUGUCCAAUGACCACCUGUCCAAGUCCAAGAGUGGACUUUUCCAAUUCAAUCUUUGGUAACUGGCUUCUCUGUCUUGGGUCUUCUAGAUGCACGCUAGGGCAAGCUACGACUAAACCCAGAGUAACCCUUGUUUCUUGAUAGCUGCACAAGUGAUCUACCCAGCACAUGAAUCACUUGUCUGGAUUGGGAUUCGAUGCAGGCUUUGCACUGGAGCUUGCUGGUGUCUGUGCAGAGAGUGGGUGUAACAGGGAUAGGAUAUGUUUGUGCUGUCUGAAUGACCUGGUGGUGCUUCGAGAGAGGAGACGGGCUGCCGCCACCGAACUAGCUGCUAUUCACCCUCCUUAAACAGCUGUAACUUCUUUUUUUUUCUUCUGCUUGAUGAUUUAUUUGCAGUGCCGUGCUCUCACAGUACACCUUCUACGGGCUCAAGCUCACGACUGCAACUUUCGCCAUAACAUUCGCCAACAUGACUCCUGUCCUCACCUUCCUCAUCUCCAUAGCUCUGCGGGUGGAAUCACUCAACCUCAAGAGCAAAGCAGGAUCGGCGGCAAAGAUCAUCGGGACGCUCAUGUCGUUAGGAGGAGCGCUGCUGCUGAGUCUCUACAAGGGUGUUGCAGUGACGACACACCAUCAGCAGAGCACAGCAGCAGAGGCACCUGCAGCUUCCUCCCAAGUACAAGUACUCAGCAGCAAGAGCUGGAUGCUGGGAACUGUAUCGUUGCUGGCAAACUGCCUCUUCUUCUCCUUGUGGCUGCUGCUGCAAAGCAGGCUGACGAACAAGUACCCGGCGCUCUACUCCAGCACCGCCAUCAUGUUCUUCUUCAGCACACUGCAGGCAGGAGCAUUGACAGUGACGAUAGAGAGGCACUCAUCAGUGUGGGUUGUGACUAGGAGGCUGGAGAUACUCACAAUCUUGUAUUCAGGCAUCAUGGCGUCCGCAGCGGGCUUCCUGAUAAUGACCUGGUGUGUCCACAAGAGGGGUCCAGUUUUCACUGCAGCCUUCAUCCCCAUCAUCCAGAUCAUGGUAGCCAUCAUCGAUUUCUUCUUCCUCCACGAGCAGAUCUAUCUUGGCAGCAUUCUAGGUUCCGGACUGAUGAUAUUUGGGCUAUAUCUGUUGCUGUGGGGAAAGAAGAAGGAUACCUCGGCAUUUUGUGCAGAUAACAAACAAGUGGAUCAAGAGGCCAACCAUGAGGAGCAACAAACGACAUCUGUCUAGUACUGUACUAUACAUAUGAUAUGAUGAGGUAUACACAUACGUACAGUAUAGAUAUGUGUAUACUGUAUGUAUGUACC